AUGUCGCAAUACAGCGAUGUCUGGGCUUUCGGCGAGCUUAAAUCGACGUUUUCUUCAGGAUUCUUCAUCACCUUGGCAAUCGCGCUGCUGUCAGCAUGGUAUUUCGUAUCUUGGUAUCGUCUGAGGAACGUCCCGGGCCCUUUGCUCAACUCCAUAUCGAUCAUACCCAUGAACCUCACGACAACGGGCGGGAAACUUAGUUUCAGGCUCAAGGAGCUGGGAGAUCAGUACGGCCCCUUGGUAAGGGUCGGGCCGAACGAGGUUCUGUUUGGCGAUGCGGAUACCUAUCGCCAGAUCUCGGCGGUGCGGUCGGACUUCACGAAGGGGCCAUGGUACGAACUGGCGAAGGUUGUACCAGACACACAUAGCCUUUUCUCGAUGAGAAAUGAUGAGCAACGGAAGGACUUGAAGGCCAAGUUGACUCCUGGAUAUGCUGGACGAGAUAGCAAUGGCUUCGAGCCAGGAGUGGACAGGAUUGUCGCCCAAUUUGUCGAUCUUAUCGAGAAGAAGUAUAUCUCCACGGCUACUGAGUAUCGUCCCAUCGAGUUCUCGCACAAGUCGCAAUACUUCGCCCUUGACGUCAUCGGCCAGCUGGCUUUCGGUGAGCCUUUAGGCUUUCUGCAGAAGGAUGAGGAUCUCUGGGGUUAUGUUGCGAUGAACGACAGCGUGUUCCCCGUUCUCGCGAUCAUGUUGAACGUGCCUCAGGUGGCUCUUCUCAUGCAGAACUGGCCGUUGAGCAAGCUUCUGCCAUUUUCAAGCGACAAAUAUGGCUUCGGCAAGUUGAUGCACGUUGCCAAAAGCCUCGCCGAUAAGAAGUUGGCCCCCGACGCGGACGCGGACGGGACCAUGGUGGCACACCAUGUGAGAAAUGGUCUCACGUAUAAAGAGCUCCUUGCAGAGAUCUUCCUUGAGUUCAUCGCAGGUUCAGACUCAACCGCCACCGCCGUCCGCAUGACCAUGCUCUGCCUCCUGAACACGCCCACCUCCCUCAACAGUCUGCGCAAGGAAAUGGACACAGCCAUCGCCGAACGUCGCAUCAGCUCGCCGAUCACAGACGCCGAGGCUCGCGAGUUGCCAUACCUCCAGGCAGUAAUCAAGGAGGGUAUUCGGAUGUACCCUCCGUCGACUGGUCUCAACUAUAAGCAAGUGGCCAAGGGUGGUGUUGAGCUUUGCGGAUACUUCCUGCCUGAAGGAACACAAUUGGGUGUCAACAUUCAGAAGCUGAUGAGGUCCAAGGAAACAUUCGGAGUCGACGCGGAUGUGUUCAGGCCAGAACGCUGGCUAGAGGCUGCUUCUGAAGAGGACCGGUUCAAGGAAAUGAGUGCUGUGGUGGAGCUGGCGUUCGGCCAUGGCCGUUUCCAGUGCCUCGGGAAGCCGAUAGCCUACAUGGAGCUGAAUAAGAUCUUUGUUGAGCUGCUUCGAAGGUUCGACUUUGCCGUGGUAAAGCCACAGGAACCGCUGAAACUCUUUGACGCCGCGUUUUGGGUGACGACGGAAUUUUGGCUACGGGUCACCCGCAGAUCUGAUAUUCUCGCAUGA